AUGGGAACUGAUGGUGACAAGAAAAAGAAAUGCAUCAUCGCCGGCAGUGUCUCCGGUUUGCUAGUCAUCAUGGUCGUCUCUGUAGCUGUCGUAACAUCUAAAAACUCGCCCAACGAAAACGAGAUCAGGCAAAACAACAAAGCGGUCAAAGCAGUCUGUGCACCAACUGACUACAAAGAGACCUGCGUCAAAAGCUUAAUGGACGCCAAUCCCAAAUCCACCGAGCCACUCGAACUCAUCAAACUCAGCUUCAACGUCACUAUCAAAUCCAUCAACGAAGCCCUCAGGAAAGCCACUGAAAACGUCAAAGGCAGAGCUGACGACGACCCACAAUCAAAGAGCUCUUUCGAGCUCUGUGAGAAGGUGAUGCUUGACGCUAUUGACGAUCUGAAACGGUGCGUUAAUCAUGGCUUCUCAGUGAAUCAGAUCGAAGGCUACAUUGAGGAUCUUCGGGUUUGGCUAAGUGGCUCCAUCGCUUACCAGCAAACCUGUAUGGAUGCUUUUCUGGAGAUUAAGUCGGAUCUUAUCCAGAACAUGCUCAAGAUCUUCAGAAGAUCAAAAGAGCUUAGUAGCAAUAGCCUCGCCAUGGUCACUGACCUCUCCGAUAUUCUCCCAAAUUCCAACAUCACAGGACUCAAAGGAGCUCUUGGAAGCUACGCCAGAAAGCUUUUGUCUACGGAAGAUGGCAUCCCAACAUGGGUUGGACCAGAGGCACGACGGCUCAUGGCGGAGCCACAAGGAGGAGGAGGAGGAGGACCACCACCAGUAGUUAAAGCUAACGCCGUGGUGGCUCAAGACGGAAGUGGCCAGUUCAAGACCAUCACCGAUGCUCUAAAUUCUAUCCCUAAAGACAACAGAAUGCCAUUCGUCAUCCAUAUCAAAGAAGGUCUCUACAAGGAGAAAGUAAUGGUCACAAGGAAAAUGCCAAACAUCAUUUUCAUCGGUGAUGGACCAACCAAGACCAAAAUCACCGGCAGCCUCAACUUCGGCCUCGGAAAAGUCAAGACGUACCUAACAGCCACCGUCACAAUCGAGGGAGAUCACUUCACGGCGAAGAACCUCGGGAUCGAGAACACGGCUGGGCCACAGGGAGGACAGGCGGUGGCGGUGAGGGUCUCAGCGGAUUACGCCGUGUUCUACAAUUGUCAAAUCGACGGGUACCAAGACACUUUAUACGCUCACUCUCACCGGCAAUUCUACCGUGACUGCACAAUCUCCGGCACCGUGGAUUUCAUCUUCGGCGACGCGAAGUGCCUCCUCCAGAACAGUAAAAUCGUCGUCCGGAAACCUAACAAAGGCCAAUCGUGUAUGGUCACAGCUCAGGGACGCAGCGACGUCCGUGAAUCGACGGGAUUGGUACUCCAUAACUGCCAUAUAACGGGAGAUCCGCGGUAUCUUCCGGUGAAAUCUGUGGACAAAGCGUAUCUAGGAAGGCCGUGGAAGGAGUUCUCGAGGACGGUCAUCAUGAAGACGACGAUCGAUGACGUCAUCGAUCCAGCGGGAUGGCAUCCUUGGCAGGGAGAGUUUGCGCUCAAGACGCUAUACUACGCCGAGCAUUUGAAUAUUGGGCCUGGAUCGAAUCAGGCCCAAAGAGUUAAAUGGCCCGGGAUCAAGACUCUAUCGCCCCAAGAGGCUCUUCAAUACACUGGAGGCAGAUUCUUGCUUGGCGAUGGUUGGAUUCCACAAACACAAGUUCCGUACACCGCGAACAUGUAG